CGUUUAAAACACAAUGUACGCCCAGUGUUGUUAAGUUGGUAGGACUGUCGAUCGCGCCUUAACAUCGCGUCUUAUUCCAUCGUAAUUCAUAAUGCCGAAGGUGUCAGUGACGUACUUCAAUGUGAAGGGUUUGGGUGAAGGCAUACGUAUGUUGCUGGCCUACGGCGGACAGGAGUUCGAAGAUGUCCGCGUUGACAAAGAACAAUGGCCGGACUUGAAACCUAAGACGCCAUUUGGGCAGCUGCCUUUACUUGAGAUAGAUGGCAAGCAGUACGCGCAAUGUAUUGCUAUCUGCCGUUACCUCGGCCGCAAGUACGGUCUGGCUGGUACCACACUAGAAGAGGACCUGCUCAUCGACCAGAACAUGGAUUUCUUUAAUGACAUUCGGAUGAAGGCUGUGGCAGCAAAUUACGAGCCUGAUGAAAAGGUCAAAGCCGCCAAGCUGGAGGAUCUCAAGAAGAAUCAUUUCCCAUUCCUAUUUAGUAAAUUGAAUGAGAUAAUAAAAGAGAACAACGGAUUUUUAGCUGCCGGGAGGUUAACAUGGGCUGAUUUUAUGUUCGCCGGCGUGUACGACGCCCUUAAAAUGUUCACACAUAUACCAGACCUGGACGAGAAGUAUCCCAGUUUCUCCAAAUUGAGGGACACCGUGCGCUCCCUGGCCAAAGUUAAAGAGUUCUGUGAAUCCGCGCCCAAGACAGAUUUUUAUCGAACAAUGCCGAAGGUUACAGUGACCUAUUUCAAUGUAAAGGGUUUGGGUGAAGGCAUACGUAUGUUGCUGGCCUAUGGCGGACAGGAGUUUGAAGACGUCCGCGUAGAAAAAGAACAUUGGCCAGAGUUAAAACCAAAGACACCAUUCGGUCAACUACCUAUGGUGGAGAUAGAUGGCAAGCAGUACGCGCAAUGUGUUGCAAUCUGCCGCUACCUCGGACGCAAGUACGGCCUAGCCGGUGCCGACAUCGAGGAGGAUCUUAUCAUCGACCAGAAUAUGGAUUUCUUUAACGAUGUACGUUUAAAGGCGGCGUCAGCACAUUACGAACCCGAUGAGAAACUGAAAGCAACAAAACUUGAGGACCUCAAGAAGAAUCAGUUGCCGUUCUUGUUCGGAAAAUUGGAUGAAAUGAUUCAACAGAAUAACGGAUAUUUAGCCGCUGGCAAGUUGACAUGGGCUGAUUUUAUCUUCGCCGGAAUGUACGAUGCGCUCAAAAUGCUCACUCAAAUGCCAGAUUUGGAUGAAAAGUAUCCGAGCUUCAAGAAACUGAGGGAUACAGUUUGUGCUUUGCCCAAAGUGAAGGCUUUCAUUGACGCAGCUCCCAAAACUGAUUAUUAA